AUGCCGACACGCGAUGUACGAGAUUUCGAUCAGUUCUCAUUCGAAUCUUAUGAAAGGGAGCGCCUUAUCUUUAGAUUUGAUGAGGCGUCUCUCAAUUCAACCGAGACUUCUGUUAAUACAAUCGCAAGUUCUGUCAGUAUUAGAACGAUGACUGAUGGAUCUAAUACAAGUAAUGCUAAUGGUGUUCCGAUUCCGGGGGCGGGGGGUUCAACUGGGAUUUAUGAGGACCACCCAGGUCUGAACCCGACCGAUGAAAUGGUGGUGGAAUAUCAAGCCGGUAUAAGGGAGCAAAUGAGUGAAUUAAUGAGGAUGGACGGGGAGCACCCCGAAGUUGUGGCUGCCGCCGAACGUGUGCAUGGAGAAAGCGAUAAUAUCGCAUUUUUGCAAGGGCAGCUCGAGGAUUUAAGGGCGCAUGGAAGAGAAAGUGAAGCUUUCAAGUACGGAGUGUCGAAUGACGCGGAUCUUCCUGGAGGAGGAAACCCAGCGGGAAGCUCAGGAGGAGUUGACCUAGCGAAUGGAAAUGAGGCGGGGAGUUCCGCAGGAGUUGACCUGAUGAAUGUGGAUGAUGCUGCAGGUUUUGCAGCAGAGAGCCCCCUGGAUCAAUUUGGAAUUCACCCAAUUCUGGAUCUGAAUAUUAAUAUUGGUGAGUACUAUGUCUCAUUCACAAAUCUAUCCUUGUCUAUGCUACUCACUCUCGGUUUGGUCUUACUUCUGACUUUAGUAUUUAUGGAAUUGUCCGGCCAGAAACGGGGAAGAGCCCAUGCUGUCGUAGAGGCCUCGUCGAGUGCUUCCGCUAUGCCUAAUUCUGAGGAUGACGAUAAGCGGAAAAAAGUGUCCCGCCAAGACGCCAAUGGCAAAGAGUCAGAGCCGCCCAUAAAUGGGGCGCAACCUGAAGUACCAUCCAUUUCGUUCUUAAAGAAAAGAAUUAAAACAGUUCUAAGGUCCUGUCGAGAUAGGAACCCUAGGGAGAGCACAUUACGCUCUACUUACGAGGAUCUUCACCUUGAAACGGCGAGCGCCGAGAAGCGGGUAAAAAUCGCCCAGGCCCUAGAAAAUCUGUACAGGCGAAGCCAAUAUUUCCGGAGUAACAAAAGGCAGCAGCCCCAUACCGACUUGAUUAUUCAAAUCUGCGAUUGGGAGCGGGAUCACCUACGAAAAAGAAAUUCACUGGUGUAG